AUGUCGCAGCCAACGGUGGCAUCGUAUUUUAACACCCGCAAACGUGCAGCUGUUGAUCACUUGGGUGGUGCGCAAAGGAAUAAGGUACUGCUGCUGGACAACCCAGCUGUAGAAAGCAUUGGAAACUUGACAAACAGUUCACAGAACUCGGAUGAUCACGAAAAGCUGCGUUAUAUAUUUGCUAACACAACGAACUUCUCUUCAAAGAACAAUGAGACAGAUGGCAAGAGUGUCGUUGGUCCAUCGGAUAUGGCAGAGCUGGGUCGCCGUGUCACACGUGCAUCACGGGCCAUCAAGCGCAUCGGGACAGUGGAUUUGGACGAGAAAACGAUAACUUUGCUUUCCGCCGCUCAGCCGAAACUUGUAUCCUUUAUUAAGAAAGGAAACCUCUCGCCUCAGAAGCGGCACAACACGACCAAUAGCCCCGCGAAGCAGCCGGUUGAAUUAAUGAACAAGUUGGCUUCACCGAAAAAACCAACCGAUGGCUCGACACAGGAGGGGGCUGAGUUUUCUUCUCGAGACACCAACAAACAGCUGCAAAAGCAAAACAAAGCCAACGAAGUUGCCAAAAAAUCAACGUUGGCCAACACUGCGAAAGCUAACGAUGCGCUGGGAGCAGCUCGCGGACGGCUGAUCAGCCAUCCACGCCUCCCGGAAUUCAAAUCAAAGAUGGACGCCAUACAGAAAGGAAUGAGCGAAUUGAAACGCUUACAAAAGCAGGGUCUCGAGGGGAAGCCAAAGCCAGCCGUAAAUGCUGAAGCUGCGUCGAAAAAUCUUAAAGAAUUUGCCUCGCUCGAAAUGGAGGUGAUGGUCAGUCCCAAAAAAACAUUCACCACUCCAACAAAAAUGCUGAAGACGCCGACUAAAAACAGCACCAACAUGAACUCUGCAACGAAGAAUGUCACACCUACCCGCCAUUCGGCGCUUAUGAGUCCCAUAAAGGAUCCUUCAGCAGCAACUCCUGUUACAGCAAGCCCAAAGAAGGUUCCUGCAUACCAACGUUACCAUGCCUUGACGAUUCCCGGUCUGCCGACGUUGCAUCUUCCGUACAAAUAUCGAUCCUUACUAGAGCUUUUUAAGUGUAUUGACACGGUGGUUGCGAUGUUUCACAAUCGCAAAGAGCAAAUCACCUUUAAGAAACUCAAACCGGCCGUGCAACGGAUGGCUAGAAAAAAUUUUUACGAGUCGCAUUUAGCACAGAUAAAACACCUUUACCCAGAUGCGUUUUUGUUGAGCCAGGAAAUGACGAAAAACUACGGGUCUGCCACGAAACACGAGACGUACCAGCUUGUCAUACGUCCAAACAUCCAGGAGAAAUCGACCGAGGGCAAGGAAAAACACGAUGCCAGCUUUUUGCGCACGCUACAGAAUCAAGCGAUGAACUCGCAAGUUAUGAUUGAACGCCAACAACGGUUCCAUCGUCUUCUACUUGAAAAAGCAAAGGAUGCUCAUCAAGAAUUUCUAUCGGCCCGCGACCCUCCGUUAACUGUUGAGCGCGAAAAGAUUGUUCGAUGGCACGAAGAGUUUGAUGUCGAGAGUGCGUGUCCUGACAUCGAACAAGUUGCCCUUCCUCAACCACCAAAUGUGGAAAAGUUUUCUUCGGCCAAAGAUAUACUAUCGACCGCAAGAAACUUGUUCAACUGCGGCACACCGCUCGAGAGGGCAUUGCAAAGAUUGGAAGAAAAGAAACGGCAGGCUGCAACGACUACAGCAACUGCAAAUCUCUCGAUCGUAGAUGCAAGCGAACACAACAAACCCUCGGUCAGUGUCAAACCGGAAUCAACUACUCGCAUAACGGCGGAUUAUAAUGUGUUGAAAACCAUUCCCAAAGCUCUGCUGGAAAAGAUUCGAGCGAAGCAAGCGGCCAAAGCACUGGAUCAGAUGACGAGGCGCCCAUCGCAGGAGAAGGAAGCUAUCAAGUAUGGGCGGCUUCCGGAACUGGCGCGGCACAUAAGAAAUGUGUUUGUUACCGAACGAAAGAAUGUUUUGCCUCUGGAGACGCCGCUCGUGAAAAUCGAAAACAGUUAUCGUGGGAAGUUGACGCUGCAAGAGCUUGAAGAGCACAUUCGACUGAUUGCCCAGUUGGUACCAUUCUGGCUGACGCUACCGGAAGUUCGGAAGGUGAAGUACGCCAAGAUAGCUAAGGACUGCGACCUCUCCAAAGUUAUCGGGGUCCUAGAGCAGAAAGCAAACGAAGCGGUACAAUAACGAAGAAUGUAGCGCGAAAGAUCGCGAAGCACCCUUUACCUUCGGGUUUUUUUUCUCGGUUUACCUUUUGCAUGUGACACAGUUAUAAAUUCGAUUAUCUUUCAUGAUUGUAUUAAUACUCGACCAGAAGCAAAGGACGAGUUAAUAGAUGCAAUUUGUUUGCUAAUGUUUUUUAUGCUUAUACCAGUAUCUUGUAGAUUUACAAUCCUUAUCGAUUUGACCUUUCGCAUUGUUUUUCGAUGUUUACUUCUUGCUUUUUCAUUACAUAGCUUGUUUGCUUCGCACGGUGGAAUAUUCGAUCUAGUUUUUAACCAUACUU